AUGGCUACAAUCCGUAACGUUAAACAACCGCAUGUCGUCCAGGUCAAGGAGAAUCCACAGGAUCUCUUCUUCCUGAAUGUCACACUCGACAUCUUCUACCGCCUGGCUCGUCUCGAUGUCGUGAACCACCGCAGUAGCUAUCCCCAACUCCAUCUCGCUGCCUUCUACGGAUGGGUCGAUAUCAUUGUCAAACUGCUCAGCUUGGGCAGCAACCCUGAUGUCCAAGACUGGAAGGGGACAACCGCAUUGCAUGUUGCCUGCGCGUCUGUGGAGGUAGCCUCGACGGAAGUUGUUCAGGUUCUGAUGAAUAAGGGUGCUGAUCCGAACCUCAAGGUCGAAGCUACAGGCUUUGCUCCUAUACAUCACCUCAUCGGGGCAUGCUGCAAUGCGGCUGAGCCUUGGGACUGCAAUGGAAAGAUGGAGACACUUCUGGACGGAGGAGCUGACAUCAAUAUACGGGAUAAACAUGGCCGGACCCCUAUCCAUAUCGCGUCUUGUAUCACCUGGGACAAUAGCGCCUUUGAUCUUCUUCACCAAAGAGGUGCAAGACUUGACCUUCUCGACGAUAUGGAGAGAUCUAUCUUGCAUUACGCGGCGAUAUACGGAGACCUGGAUCACAUCGAAUACCUACGCGAGCAUCGCCCUACAGGACUGGACCCAGAGGGUAAAGACGUCAACAACCAAACGCCAAUGGAUUUGAUGAAGAAGUGA